CUUUUGUUUUUUCUUCUCUGUUCUGAAAAGUAAGCCAACAAGAGCAAUUAGACCAAACAACUUUAGCAAGAUCUCUCUCUUUCUCUUCCUUUCUCCAAAAACUUUCACAUGAAGUCUCUAUGUUUUUUUUUCUCUUUCUCUCUCUCUUGUCUCUGUGCUUUUUAAGCCGCCUUAUAUAUCCAUAUCUGAUUCUUGUCCUCUGUUUUAUUGAGAUAUUUGGUGUAGUUUAGAUUGUUAUGUUCUUUGAUUCAGCUUUGACCGUUGGAUCUCUCAGCUGCAGGGGUUAUUGAUUGGAUUUGCUUUCUGGGGUUUUUAUUUUUUUGGGUUUUUGGAUUGAACUUUAAACCUUUAGAGCUGAAAGAGGUGGUUUUCAGUGUUUGGGUUUAAUGAUUGAGCUCCGUUGGGUAAUGUGAAUUUUGGUCAGAGAGCUAGCAGAGAGCUGGUAGGUGGCCUAAAGAGAAAGAAAGAAAAGCAGAUUGACUGGUAGAUAAAAGGAGAGGAAGACCUAAAACCAAAGCCCUAGAAAGAAAAAAAGCAAAAAAAAAAAGAAAAGAAAAGAAAAGAAGAAAUACCAGCUUUGUGUAUGAAAAAGAUAGUUUAGAAUUGAGAGAUAAAUGCUCUAGAUUUUCACCUUCUUUUAUUGUCUAGUAGUUUGAUUUCGAAGAAAACUCUGUUUUAAGCCAUGCCGGUCGACUUAGAUAAUUCCUCUACCGCUUCCGGUGAAGCUAGCGUUUCUUCCUCCGGUAACCAAAACCCACCUCCCAAAUCCACCACCAAGAAGAAACGUAACCUGCCUGGAAUGCCAGAUCCAGAUGCUGAGGUGAUUGCUUUAUCUCCAAAGACUCUUCUAGCUACGAACCGAUUCGUUUGUGAAAUUUGCAAUAAAGGGUUUCAAAGGGACCAAAAUCUUCAGCUUCAUAGACGAGGUCAUAAUUUGCCAUGGAAGCUGAGGCAGAGAUCGAGUAAGGAAGUGAAGAAGAGAGUUUAUGUUUGUCCUGAGCCCUCCUGUGUCCAUCACGAUCCAUCGAGAGCGUUAGGCGAUCUUACGGGAAUUAAGAAACAUUUCUGUAGAAAACAUGGAGAAAAAAAGUGGAAAUGCGAUAAAUGUUCUAAAAAAUAUGCCGUUCAAUCUGAUUGGAAAGCUCACUCUAAGAUUUGUGGUACUCGGGAGUACAAAUGUGAUUGUGGAACUCUAUUUUCCAGGAGGGAUAGUUUUAUCACCCACAGGGCUUUUUGUGAUGCGUUGGCGGAGGAGAGUGCUCGAGCUCAAACUCAUCCUCAGCCUCAGAAUCAGAAUCAGGCGGUGGCGAAUCCCAGUUCGGAAUCGGACCCGAAAGUUCAGGCUGUGGAUUCAUCAGCGCCACCUGCGCCUGCACCAACACCGGCACCGGCACCAGCAUCAGCACCAGUGCAAGUUUCAGCUUCAGCUCCAGCUCCAGCUCCGACUCCAGCUGCACCAACUCUGCCUCAGUCAACUAGUGUGAUAUCCUCUUCAGUUUUGCCAAUUCGAAGUUCUGAGUUGCCAGAAAAUCCCACUCCUAUUGUGGAAGAAGCUCCGGUUCCUGCACCAGCUCCAGCUGGACUAAAUGGAAGUUGUAGCACUAGCACCAGCUCAGGUAGCAAUGGUGGCAGCAGAAGCAGUGUAUUUGCUAGCUUAUUUGCAUCCUCAACUGCAUCUACGAGCUUACAACCUCCACAACCUCCGGCUUUCACUGACUUAAUUCGAGCUAUGGGUCGACCAGAUCGUCCAGCUGACCUUGCUCCAUCUACAUCCACUGAACCAAUUUCUUUAUGCCUCUCAACCAACCAUGGCUCAUCAAUAUUCGGGACUGCAGGGCAAGAGCGCAGGCAGUAUGCACCACCGCCACAACCUGCUAUGUCUGCCACAGCACUACUGCAGAAAGCUGCUCAGAUGGGAGCAGCAGCAACCAAUGCAUCCUUGCUUCGUGGCUUUGGUAUAGUCUCAUCAUCUUCAUCAUCUGAACAGCAAGAUAGUUUGCAAUGGGGUCAGAGACAAGUUGAGCCUGAGAAUGCCUCUGUUCCAGCAGGGCUCGGACUUGGGCUUCCUUGUGAUGGAAGUUCAGGAUUAAAGGAAUUGAUGAUGGGAACUCCUGUAUUUGGUCCUAAGCAAACUACUCUUGAUUUCCUUGGAUUGGGGAUGGCUGCUGGUGGCAGCCCCAAUGGUGGCCUGUCAGCUCUAAUUACCUCCAUUGGAGGUGGACUUGAUGUUGCUGCAGCCGCAGCAGCGUCUUUUGGAGGUGGGGAUUUUACUGGCAAGGACAUUGGACGGAGCUCAUGACCUGGGAGAAACAAGAAUUUUUCUUCUCCGUUUGACUUUGGUGAAAAUACAAAUUGUACAGGGCCAUGGUAUUGAACUAUUUCGAGGUUGCAGAAGAUAACGAUUGUAAGAUAUAAUUUUCCAUAAAGAGUUGCCAUUGUGGAGGUUAGCAUCAAGCCAUCAAGAGGCAGUUGGGGUCUUUUUUAUUGUUCUGCUGCCUUCUAUGUGACAAUGGCGAAAAUGACUUUGCUGUGCCAGUAUGGCCUUUGUAGUAAAAGGUAAAUUCAAGAAUCAGAUGUGUUAGGAUGCUGGAUGUGUAAGUUUGCUGUAGCUGGAAAAAAAAAAAAAAGGAACACCAACAUCCCUGCAAUGAUAUUUGGUAAGUGGAGGCAUUCCGACAUUCUUUGUGUCAGGUUUAUCAAAGCUUGGAAGAAACAUCAACAAAAACAGCAACGGGAUGUAUUUUGGCUAUUUAGACUUGUAGCUCCAGGCAUAGACGGAUAUGUAGUGGGAAAUUAGCAGUAAAGUGAAAUACCAACGUGGACUGGCAAAUUGCUGAAAAUGGAAGGAUUUUGGUUGAUCUGAUCAGUGGACUGGAAUUAAGGUUCCACUUUGUUUGAACCAAGUCAACCGUAAACCACUCUGUUAUUAUAUUUGCAAUUAAUUUAAAUUUGUUGUUAUGUUUAUUUUGCUGUAUUCCAUUCUCUUUGGAGGAUCAGGUCUCUUUAUGGUGGAACCCUGAUAAAAAGAACAGAAACUUAAGCUUU